AGUCGCUUGUGGAGAUCGUAAACGCGUCGGAAAUAAAGCGACACGCGCUCUCAGUUCAUUUAAAAAAAACAAAACGAAAGUCCACUUUCACUAGUGUUUAAUCAGCAAAUAAAGCAGUGCGCGUGCUCUUCUUCCGAGCGCGAUGUGAGCCCAGGGGAUCCAGUUGAACGGAACAAGCAGGAAUCAUGUAAACACCGCAGCCACGGUGGGGUUGUUUGUUUUUUGUUGUGCGUUCUCACUCCGGGGUGCAGCCAUGAUUCCUCCUGUUAACGCGACGCAGACCGACAGCGACGGGAGCGAGAAGGAGAAAGAGCAAGAGCGCGCGCCGGAGCAGAGCGAGCCGCCGUUGUCUCCGACAUCCGCGAGCCAGCACGAGUCCAAGCUGCAGAAGUUGAAGCGCUCACUUUCCUUCAGGACCAAGAGCCUCCGCAGCAAAAGUGCCGACAACUUCUUCCAGCGACCGAGUCCUGAGGUUAGCAACAGCAGCAGCACGGGACAGCUUAGUACUAUCGGGGUGUCUGUCUCGGCUCCGCUCGAGUCCUGUUACAUCCCACCCUUGACUCCGCCUCCCACAAUUCUAACUGGACUUCCAUUAACCAUCUGUUCGCCAUCACGCGCGCCGCGACCACCCGACCCCACGGCACACACCUUCCUGGAGCACACGUUCAAGAAGCCACACUUCUGCGACGUCUGCAACCAUAUGAUUGUAGCUUGCCAAGGCGGAGCAGGCAAAGUUUUCGGCCCGAAUGCCAAGCUGGGACUUCGCUGCAAAGCGUGUAAAAUGGGCAUCCAUCACAAGUGUCUCAACAGGGUGGGGCAGCAGAGGUGCAUGGGCAAACUGCCUAAAGGCUUCCGGAGAUACUCCAGCUCCCCGCUGCUGAUCCAGGAGCAGUUUGGCUGCAUUAAAGAAGUCAUGCCUAUCGCAUGCGGCAGUAAGGUGGACCCUGUGUACGAGGCACUACGGUUCGGGACGUCUCUCGCUCAGAAGACCAAGAGGGCCAGCGGCUCAGACUCGCCCCCAAGAAACUCUACCAGUGAUCUUGCCGAGGUUCCUGAAGAAGCAGCACACUGCAGUCAUGCACUACUGACCAGGAAACACAGUGACAAUGUCUUCACGUCUCUGGAGAAUGGAAUGGAAACCUUCCACGAAGAAGAGAAGAAACCAGAGGACUCACAGACUGAUGAAGACGAAGAGCUGCAGAAGGACAUCCUGCCGCUGAACACCUACGUGGCUUUGUACAGAUUUACCCCACAAGAAAAUCAGGACCUGGAGAUGAGACCUGGAGAUCGGAUAAUCCUGGCAGACGACUCUAAUGAAGAUUGGUGGAAGGGUAUGAUUGAUGACAGGAUAGGUUUCUUCCCAGCCUCCUACGCGCACCUGGUGAAGGAAGGAGACCGGGUGCUCAGGUGUCACCGCACCUUCAUCGGGUGUAAGGAGCAGGGCCAAAUCACCAUAAAAGAGGGACAGAUCUGCGUGAGCGGCGAGGACGAGAGAAACGGCUUCAUCCGAGUGUCCAGUGGAAAGAAACAAGGCUUUGUCCCUUGUGAUGUUCUGGAGGACAUCUGAACAACAAGAAAUGAGUGAUUAUGAGAACGACAGAAGAAGAGUGAUGGAUAAACAGAAGAGAAGAUGCUCUUUCAGGAAACAGGAAGUAAAGCUGGAGCGACUGGUUUAAAAAAACAAGCUCUUCUCUUUUUUCUCCAUCUGUUUGUGCGUGUGAAAAUGAGAGGACAGGAAGUGGAUGGACUUGGAGACUUCUGGGAAAAAGAGACUUAAAAUCUAAAUGCUUUAGAAAAAGACUUGAUUGGGAACAUCAGAUGAUUACCCAACGCUCAGAACUGUUUUCAAAUCAGGAAAGAAUACAGUUUUAUUUAAGAACCCAGCAUUGGUUUAAUUCUAGUCCUGAGACUAAAACUUAGGACCUUCUGAGGAGCAUAAGCGCUUGAAACAAAUUCCAUCCUGGAUUCUUAACUAGAACACAAUUAAAUAAAUAUCAAAUACUGAUUGGUAUAAUUUGUUUUUAAGAAACAAAAAUGAAUGCCCUCUUUUUUUUUUUUUUACUUCUUUUAUAAAUUCAUGUCCUUGUGACAUGGGGAAAAAGUUUAGCGAACACUCCAGAAAGAUCUGCCUGAUAGGAUGCAUUGGGCAUAUCACAUAUUUGUCAAGAGAGUUUUUCAAAAUGAGGAUGUGACAACAAACAAAGGAAAAAACUCAUUCUUAACCACAAAAGGCACAGAGAAUCAAUUUGUAACAAAAAUCUUGGGAAAUGUGCAUGGAAGAUUUCUAAUAAUUCUUGUAAGGAGUUACACUGCUCUACACUGCCUCUUAGGUCUUUUAUUUCCUCUUGUUUUAAUUUUUAGGUCAUAAUCAUAAAUAACUUUCAGGUUAGCAACCAAAACUUGGUUUAAUACACUUUAUAAAAGUUUCAUUUUAAAAAUUUUCUGCUCAAAACCAACAUAACCAAUGAACAAAGUUAUUACUCAUAGGACUUUAUAUAUUUAGUAGUAAUAUUGAUUCUGACAUUUUAAUUACUUCUUGUUUUAGGAGAUAAAUCUGAAACACCUUUUCAUUUUUUUAUUAUUUUUCUUUUUUUUCACACAAGGAAUAUUUCAUCCCAAAAUUACCCUGAAACAGGUUUGUUGUAUGAAUUGUAUGUUUGGCUAAACAGAUGGACAGUACGAUUCAAAUGUUUAUACACACCUGCUCAUGGAAAGUCUUAAUUUUGGCUGUUUUAGUGUAAACUGAACACUAUUAAGUAACAAAAGAAUCCAGACUACACAAGAAAAGUUACACUAAUCCAAAGUAUUUUAUAUGUAAUUCUUAAAAAUAUUCCUGAUAAGAGUUACACUAUAUACUUUCAACUUCUUUUUCAACUUCAACAAUCCAAAUGAA